GUUGUAGGCCCAAAUUCAUAAUGAUUAGGCCCAGAAGUUGCAGAAUUGAGUUGGUGAGAAUUGUGAAAGAGAAGGCUAAAACCCUAACCCCUUUCAUCCCCUCUCCCCUCUCCUCAGCCGUUACCUUUUUGUUUUGUUUUAUUUUUCUUUUGAGGAACUCCCCAGCCGUUACUUAUUAUCGUUCGUCUUGUGAAAUCCAACCGGCGUCGUUCUCCUAAUACAGAAAGUUCUUCAGAAACCGAGUGGUUUGUUGGGUUUUGUUUGUCUGAAAAGCGCUUUUUCUUUAUGGUAUAAAUUGGUUAGAUAAGAGGUUAGGGGUUUGAGAAAGGUGUAUUCAUUUUGAUGGGAUACGGCAGUGAGAAAGCGAUGAGUUUGAUUUCUCAAAAUGUGGGCUCUAAAAACAGAGUCAAGACUAAAAAAGAGGAGACGGAUGGACCUGCAUUUAUGGAAGGGAAUGAAGAGAAUAAUGAGGAUGGAAGAGACUCUGAACUGGCUAUGUCGAGGGCAAAAAAGAGAAGGAGAGAAAAGGAAGAGCAGUUGGAAGUUGAUGAAGGAAAGGAAAUGAAAAGGCUGGAGAACUUUUUAUUUGGAUCCCUAUACUCCCCUAUUGAAUUUGGAAAUGAUGAGGAGGAGAAGGCCCAUGAUGAGGUUGAAAAUGGUUCUGCUUUGUUCUUUGUGGAUCGUUCAGCUAGUACUGAACUGUGUGUUUAUAAAGAGGAAUCUGAAGUCCUUGAGAAAAGUGACGUUGACGAGGAACCCAGACAGCGAAAGCCUGUCUGGGUUGAUGAGGAAGAGGCAAAGACUACAAUUGAUAUUGCUCACACUAAUAGACUAAGAAAACUGAGGAAGGAGGACAGUGAGAACUUGAUUUCAGGUCGGGAAUAUGUUGCUAGAUUAAGGGCUCAUCAUGCUAAGCUAAAUCCAGGCACUGAAUGGGCCCGGCUGGAUUUACAGUCAAGAAAUAAUGGUUCAUAUGACGAUGAAUCUUCAGAUGAAGAAAAUGGCAUUGUGACUGCACGUGGUUAUGAAGUUGCUGAAACUUUUGAUGAUGUUUUUCGAACUAAUGAAGAUCUUGUAGUGAAGAGCAGGAAAAAAUUGUUGCCUGGGAUCCUCGAGUACUCGAGACUUGUAGAUGCAAAUGCUCAGGAAGCAUCAAAUGGUCCAAUAAAUUCAGUUCAGUUCCAUCGGAAUGCACAGUUGCUACUUGCUGCUGGAUUGGAUCGGAGACUCAGGUUUUUUCAGAUUGAUGGGAAGCGGAACACAAAAAUACAAAGCAUCUUCAUUGAUGAUUGCCCCAUUCGCAAGGCAUCUUUCUUGCCUGAUGGUUCACAGGUGAUUAUAGCAGGAAGAAGAAAGUUCUUUUACAGCUUUGAUUUGGUGAAUGCUAAAGUUGAUAAAAUUGGCCCCCUGGUUGGCAGGGAGGAGAAGAGCUUGGAAUUUUUUGAGGUGUCACCAGAUUCUAGUACAAUUGCCUUCGUGGGGAAUGAAGGUUAUAUCUUGUUGGUGUCAUCCAAAACAAAGGAACUCAUUGGAACUCUAAAGAUGAAUGGGACUGCUCGUGCUUUGGCUUUUUCUGGUAAUGGACAGCAAUUACUGAGCCACGGAGGCGAUGGACAAGUCUACCACUGGGAUUUGAGGACAAGGACGUGCAUUCAUAAGGCUGUUGAUGAAGGCUGUAUAAAUGGCACAGCGCUUUCCGCUUCCCCAAAUGGGAGCUUGUUUGCUGCUGGUUCGGACGGUGGGAUAGUGAAUGUCUACAACAACGAGCUUUUUUUAGGUGGGAACAGAAAACCAAUCAAGACAAUAGAUAAUUUGACCACUAAGGUGGAUUUUAUGAAAUUUAGUAACGAUGCUCAAAUACUAGCUAUUUGUUCGCACAUGAAGAAGAACAGUUUAAAGUUGAUCCAUCUCCCGUCAUAUACUGUGUUCUCUAACUGGCCUCCUGGGAACACGACCUUGCAUUUUCCCCGUUGUUUGGAUUUCAGUCCUGGUGGAGGAUUCAUGGCAGUAGGAAAUGCUGCUGGGAAAGUGUUGUUGUACAAGCUGCAUCAUUACCAGCAUGCAUAGGGCAAAUAUACGAUGAAGUUAUGUUUGUUUUGUCCUCUACUGUUGCAUUGCUUGGCACCUUUGAUGAAGCCAAAUUCAUAUUUAUACAACUGGAAGGUGGUUCAUGUAUCUCUUUUUUUGUCUUUUUUUCCCUUUUGGGGCAUUGAGUUGAUCGGCGAACAUUAGUGAAUUAAAGAUUGCCUUGUAGCGUUGCUUAGAGCUGCAUGUGAUGAUCUGGGGAGUUAUUGUAGUUGUUUGAUUUUGAAUUUUCCAGUUAUACAUCACCCUACUAAAUUUUGUCUUUAUAUUAAUUGACAAUCAAAUCUUUUAGGGGUUUUAUAGACUCAGUUUUGGA